AUGGUGUUUCUCACGACUCUUCUGAAUUCGGACUAUGUAACAACGCCAUGGGCUGUACUUGGAACGUUUGACAACAAAUAUGCCAACUCGUCUUUGGUUUUGGUAACGCUGAACUUCGCGAUAGUGCUAGCUGCAGUUAGCACAAUAGAGAGGGCUUUUAUUGUUAAAAUAUGUCAGCCGGAGUUCUACUCAAGGGCUGUAAAAUUCUUCAUCGAUCAAUUACCGUACGAGGUUGGAAAACGGUUUGUGCCGCUAGAAAGAACACCACCGUUUAUUGUAUUUGGAAGCUUUCUACACUUCCUGACAUGGUGCGUGACUGUGGUUUUUGUGUUUUAUGGGAUAUGUAUCAUGCUAGAGGCUAUUGAAACAUUGUCUCCAGUGAGUAAAUACGCAACGAUUGUUGUAAUGACGCUAUUACCGAAAACGCUUUCCCUCACAUAUGAGUUUCACGAUAUGAAAACUCAAAAUGAGAUUCCUGGUGAAUGGAAGCCUGAGAAAUGGGAAGCUGAGAAAGUUCUUAAACAAGAAUUAGUGGAUAGCAUCAAAAGUAGAAAUCUUGAGCAGUCGAAAACAAUUAAUGAGAAGUCAACUGAGAAACGCGAAAGAAUGCCGUAUGAGUUGGCAUACCAACAAUCGGACGAUCGGCCAUCUGCCAAGACUCCAUUCAAUCAUUUCACACCGGCCGAUUCCAGCUACAUAUCAGUAUUUCAUUGUCAGAUGCUUUGGAAAGAGUUAACAAGCUCUUACCUUACUCACCGCGAAAGAAGAAGCUUUCAGGAAGAAGCUGUUCAACGCGUGAUGGAUGUUUGUCAUGCAUACGAUGAUUACGAGACAGAAGUAGUGCCACAAAGGCUACUAAUUGUGGAUCAGUGGCUUUGCGAAAUCAAAGCAGCCGAUAGAUAG